UUUCCUUUGUAUAUAAAUACUAUAUUUCCGAGUGUUUCAAAUUCACAGGCUUUUCAAUAACAAUUUGCAUUUUCUCUAAACCUAUUUUUCAAUUUCCAUUUUCAUAACAUGUCUCAAACAAUCAAGAUUCAGAAUGAAUUUGAACGACCAUCCGAAAGAGUCAAAUGUGUGGAUUUGCAUCCAACACAACCAUGGGCUCUGCUAAGUUUAUACUCUGGAACUGUGUGCAUUUGGAACUAUCAGUCCCAAGAAACAGAGAAGUCCUUUAAAAUCACAGAAUCACCAGUAAGAUGUGCAAAGUUUAUACGUGCAAAGGAUUGGUUUGUCGCGGGAGCUGAUGACAAAAUGAUUCACGUGUACAACUACAGCACAGAAGAAAAGAUUAAGGAAUUUGAAGCGCACACAGACUAUAUCAGGUCACUGGAUGUGCAUCCUAGCCUUCCAUACGUGCUGUCAUCGUCUGAUGACAAGCUCAUCAAGCUCUGGGACUGGGAGAAAGGUUGGGAAUGCACUCAAACUUUCGAGGGACAUGAUCAUUAUGUUAUGCAAGCAGUAUUUAAUCCGAAAGAGACCAAUACCUUUGCUAGCGCGUCCCUUGAUGCUAAAACAAUGAUAUGGAAUCUUGGAUCUCCUGAUCCUAAGCAUGUGCUGGAGGGCCAUUCCAAAGGAGUUAAUACUGUUGAAUUCUUCGUUACUGGAGAUAAAUCAUUUGUCGUCACAGGCUCUGAUGAUUUUACUGCUAAGGUGUGGGACUAUCAAACUGGAACUUGCCUUCAUACGCUAGAAGGCCAUACUAACAAUGUCACUUCCCUCCGUGUUCUUCCCAACGUUCCCAAUGGGCCACUAAUAAUCACAGGAUCAGAAGAUGCAACGAUUCGCGUAUGGAAUGCCACAACUUACAGGGUGGAGAAGACAAUAAUCAGCAAAUUCGGAAGAGUUUGGACAAUUGGAUGCAUGACAAGUUCAGCUCAGAUUGUAGCUGGUUGUGAUCAAGGAACCAUCAUAGGAGAAGUUAUAUAUGCUUCAACUUGAAGAUUAUGUGUAUUUCUCUCUCUGUCCGGUGAAAAGCUACUCAGCUGUAUUUCUUAUUGCUUCUAUGUUGUGUUAUGUGUGUGUUUUGUAAGAAUAACGCUGUGACAGUCGGAGAAAUAUUAAAUAAUGUUAUUGCACUACAAUAAAUGAAGAAACUCCUGUGAUUUGGUAUUGUGGAAGCAAA